CAAUGAAUGCACGACGUACGACGACGGCUCGUUCUAGAACGAAAACGUAAAAUUGUUAUUAAAAAUUGAGCAAGCGUUUAGUUACGCGAAAUCACCCGGUCACCAAUACAAAUGCAAGUGCAGGUGAACGACAAGCAACAGCAACAAAUUGCGCGUGAGUUUUAGAUAGCUUCCUGAGUAGCGUCACGUAGACGGCAAGCGACUUGCAAAUCGAUAUUCACACUAAACUCACAUACACAACACACACACGCACACAUACACACACAUCAACACGAACACCCACCAGUACAAACAGUAUGGAAAACACAUUAGAAGGCGGCGGCGCUGAUGGCGAAAAUAACAUUUUGCCGCUAUCCGCCAUGUGCCAGGACACCGCCCGCACCAUAACAAACGUGGCAGUAGUAGCCGACACAGCGACAUUGAUAAGCAGCGACACAGCAGUUGCUGCGGCGUCAUCGACAAUAGCAAACAACGACAACAAAAAGUCGCAAUUGGAGAACGAAGAAGGGGCCACAAUGUUGAACGCAGAGCACCACCACAUGAACAACAACAAUAACAACAACGACAGCAGUGCUAAAACUAAACAACAAAAAGAGCAGCUGUCAGGCGAUGGCAAUGCAAAUACCACAACAACAACAGCAACAACUACAACAGAAACAGCAGCAGUAGCAAUAACAAAUAAAACAACAACGAACUGUGUCAAAGUGAUGGCAGCAGCGACGCCGGCAGCGACAGCCGCCGAAUCGGACAGCAACAAAACGGCUGAGCGCAAUCACAAGAAGAAGAAAAAAGAUAAGGAACGGGAACGAGAUGAAGAUAAGCGACACACUAGCAGUGGCAGCGGGAGCGCCAGCGGCAGCACCGUCAAGGAUCGCGAAAGCCAAAGCCUGAAAAGCAGCAGUGGAAGCAGCAGCAGCAAAUCCUAUUCAAAUCGACAUAGCAGUGACUACAAAUCAAGUUCCAGUUCCUCCUCCUCCACCACCUCGCGCAGCAAAGACAAGAAGCAACACAGAAGCGAUCGGGACAGAGAGCGGGAUCGCGAAAAGGAGAAGGUACCAUCAUCAUCGUCGAGUUGCUCAUCGAAUUCACAUUCGGAUCGUCGCCGCAGCUCAGACAGUAGCCGCAGCAGCAGCAACAACAGUUCUAGCAAGUUUGUUGUCAUUAAAGAGGAGAAGGAGCGAGAAACGGAACAGGAGAAGAAAUCAGUUGUGGUCCCUAGUACAAUCGAGCCACAAAUCAAAAUAGAAGAGCCACAGAAAGAGUCUGGCGCUUUAACGGUACUUAACCAUAGUAAAGUUAUCAAAACGGAAAACGAAAUCAAAAAGGAAUCAGUGGAAACGAAGCCAUUGCUAAAUGGCGAUGUGAUCAAACAGUUGAAGACACGCGAAGAGGUCACGCGACAGUUGAGCUUUAGCGCCGAUGGAGGAAAGCCCAAGGAGAAUAAUUGCAACAGCACCAAUAGCAAUCCAUCAUCUGUUUUAAUGCCAUCGCCGGCCCCUAAAACUACCAACAAUAACAGCAGCAACAGUGGCAGCAGCAGCGCCAAUCACCAUUCCUCCUCCAACUGUAGCGCGCGUAAAUCUUCUUCCUCCUCCUCCAGUAAUUCAUCAAGUAGUCAUCACAAGACUUCAUCAUCCUCUUCAUCGUCCUCCUCAUCACGGCAUUCAUCAUCCUUCUCGUCGCGCGACUGCUCCAAAUGUUAUAAACGCUCCAAGAUUCGUCGCAGCAGCGUUGGUGUUCAAUGCAUGCAGCACACGCCCGUAGCUGGACCCUGGCAAACGAAUUGUUUGCCGAUACCGACGGCCAAUCGCAAAGCUCCCGUCGGCCUGGAAAAUCUCAAAUACGGUCAUUACUUUCAAGUGGAACAGUAUCCGAAUGGCGGUGCAUCAGUGGUGCAUCUUUAUCAGCACGAAAUCGAUGCACUGUCACCGGAUGAAAUGGAACAGCUUGUGGAUGAAUUCUUUAGCGUAUGCUUUGCCGAGGAUGAGCAGGGCUAUGCGCACCAUGUGAUGGGCAUUGUACAUGAUGCCGCUCGCUAUAUACCCGAUCUAUUGGAGCAUAUGGCCGAGAAUUAUUCAACGUUAACGGUGAAGGCAGGCGUACUUGGCCGCAACUCGGACAUUGAGACGUGCACCAUGGCACAGUACAAUGAACAGGUGGUGCGUAAUUAUUGCCAGGGUACGUUUCGCUAUGGACCACUGCAUCAGAUCUCAUUAGUGGGCAAGGUGCACGAGGAAGUGGGCGGAUAUUUUCCGGAUCUGCUGGGACGCAUCGAACAAAACCCCUUUCUGUGCAAGACAAUGCCCUGGGGUGUUAAUUCCAUACUGCAAACGGAUCCGCGUCAAUCAAACGAUGGACCCAUUCUAUGGAUUCGUGCCGGCGAGCAACUAGUGCCCACCGCGGAGCUGAAUAGUAAGACGCCCCUCAAGCGACAGCGCACGCGAAUUAAUGAACUGCGCAAUUUGCAGUAUCUGCCGCGUUUAUCAGAGGCGCGCGAAACCAUGAUUGAGGAUCGGACUAAGGCGCACGCGGAUCAUGUUGGCCAUGGACACGAACGCAUCACUACUGCCGCAGUUGGUAUCCUCAAGGCGGUGCACUGUGGACAAUCUUAUAAUCAGAAUCGCAUCACUAAAGAUGUGGUUGCCUUUGCUGCUCAGGACUUUAAUACGUUGGUGGAGAUGCUGCAAUUGGAUCUCCACGAACCACCCAUAUCGCAGUGUGUACAGUGGAUAGAGGAUGCAAAAUUGAAUCAGCUGCGUCGUGAUGGCAUUCGCUAUGCCCGCAUCCAGCUGUGUGACAAUGAUAUCUACUUUCUGCCACGCAACAUUAUACACCAGUUCCGCACCGUAACGGCUGUGACAAGCAUAGCUUGGCAUCUGCGUUUGCGUCAGUAUUAUCCCGGCCAGGAGGUAAUUAAUGAGCAGAACAAUCCCGUGCUGGCCGAGACGCCGCAUUAUAAAGAGAAACAAACCAUAUUGCCCAAUCCCAUUGGCCACGACGAGUCUGGCAAGAAGACCCCUUCGAAGCGUGCGCACGAUGGCAAGGCCAAGCGUAAGGUGAUUGACUUAGAUGGCAAGGAGCGGCGUUCCAGCGAGAGCAGCCAGGAUGAUCAUGCCUCUUCGGCAAGUGCCUCGCCCACCCAGCAGACCACCAACAACAAUAACAGCAGCAGUAGCAACAGCACGCCCAAAAAGAAAGUGAACAAAGAUGACUCCAAGAUAGAUAUGCGCAAAAUGGUGCUGGAGCACACAUACAAGCUGACCAAAGCGGCGGCCACGGCGAUCGAAAAGGAUCGCAAGCCAUGCAGCAAGGAUCGGGACAAGGCCAAUCGUGAUAAAGACAAAGACAAAGAUAAGGAUAAAGAUAAGGAUAAGGAUAAGGAUAAGGAUAAGGACAAGGCACGUAGCAAAAAGGUGGAGCAUAAGACAGAAGCGGUAUCGCCUUCAGCUACGCCAGCUAAACUGCCGCGACUAGAAAACGAGGCCGCUGUAUCAAUUGUGACAAGUGGUGCAUCCGUUGCCGCUCCAACUCCAGCUCCUGCUCCAACUACUCCAACAACGACGCCUGCCUUGUUGCCGGCAUUGCCGCCGCUGCCUCUUGUGCCUCAGACCCCUUUCUUGCACCGUGAAGCUUAUGUAAAUAGUUUGAAUCAAAAGGAGCCUGAAAUCAAAAUACAGCUUAAAAUGGUAUCCGAUGAGCCCACCACAACGACAGCGCCGAGCGUCAGCAAACCUGAAAUCAUAAAUUGCGUGUCUCCAGCCUCGCCGGCGCCCAAUCCCGUCGAAGAUGUUGGCAGUGAGCUAAUUGUGGAAAGCACUCCACAACUGGUGGUGGAUCACGAGGAGGAGGUGACUGAAAUUUGUGAGGAAAUAAUUCCAUUGGACAUGCCAGUAGGGCCAGCUCCAAUAGUCACACCUGCACCCACACCCACGGCCGCGCCUAUGCCGCCCACAUUGCCAGUUAUGCGUCUUACGCAGCCGCCAGUGCCCACGUCCUCAAUCGGAACAGCGCCGCAGCAAGUUGUUAAAGUGGUUUUGCCUGCAGCAUCGCUGACACCGCUAGUGGGUCGCCUGUCUGCGGUGGUGCUAACGCCGCCGUUGCCUCCCAUGCCGUUGCCACCACCUCCACCGCCGCCGCCACCACCAGCCAGAGGCCAAAUCAAUCCGAAGGCAACAACUGCAAGCAGCAACAACAGCAACAGCACAACCCCCACCACCUACAAAACGUUCACCUUGCCCUCGCACAAGAUCAUUUUAGCCGGCAGCAGAGCUUCAUCGAAAACUAAAAGCGUUUCGCCAGUCGAUCUGCUUGGCUCCAUAAUGGCCAGCAUGGACAAUAAGCCCAGUAUCACGAACACCACAAGCGUAAGCAGCGGUUCUACAACAACAGUAGCAGCUACGGCAUCCGCUACAGGCGCCUCAGUUGCCGCCAGUAGUACGGCAAACACGGCGAAGCCUUCACUAUCUUCCUAUGCCAACUCCAAUAACAGCUACUGAGAGUGCGUUGCCCGUUGCCCAGAGGCUUCUCCAAGCGAUGCGUUCCACUGCAUCGCCAACCUAAUUAUUGCAGCUAUAUAACGAAGAGAAAAUUGUUGGAAAUUGUUUUUUUUUAAUUGUUUCGAUUAGGCCACUUUUUUGGCGUCUAACGCAAGCGCAAGCUUUAGAAGUUGGCCCGAAUAUCGUUUUUUGUAUAUAGCUAACUUGGGGCUAAGGUUCGUAUAAACCGAACAACUUGCCCUCAUAUAUUAUCAUAUUAUAUUUGGUAAUUGUAGUUAAUUAAGCUCAAAAAUGCUAAAAAUACUUUUUAGACACGUAGAUUUUUAAUUUAUUAUCGCAGGCACUUUAAGAUACACACACAUUGGCAACAGUUAGAGAAACUUUGAUAUAUACUUGAAUAAGCAAAUAUAUAUAAUUAUAUAUAUAUAUAGAUCUAUAUAUAUAGAUCUGUAUAUUAGCAUAGUGUGCGCGCACAUUGAACGUGUAUUUUUUUACAAGUCAAACUAAAGUGCAAAAAGCGCCAAGUUGUUUUAAUUUUUGUGUUUUUCCUAACGACAUUUUUGAAACGUGUUUUGCAAGCACACUCACACACAGAAAACAUACAUAUAUAUCUAUAUGUAUGUUGAUAAUUAUGAUAUAUAUACAAUUAUAUAUAUACCACACAUAUAAAUGUAGUUUUAAAAACAAUGCACGUUGAAGAAACAAUAAAGAUUCGGAUCGUACAAAAAUU